ACACCAUCGAUCGCCUACAGAAACUUACCCUGCCCUAGGUUUUGGUAUUUCUUCUCGAUCGAUCGAGUUUCUGUCUCUUUCGACCUCUUGAUCACUAACGAACGAGCCAUGUCUCGCUUCUCCCUCAGCCAUCGCGGGUACGUCUAUCUCUGCCUUACUUUCAGCACCUUAAACCUCUGCAAUGCCUGGAUCAACUGGCAAUAUUGCAACAAGCAUAAGAGAGUUGCAAUGGAGAAU